ACACAGAGGGAGAUAAUAAGAUGAAGAAGAAAAAGGCAACAAGGAAGGGAGGGAAAGAAGCAGCUCGAACAAAGAAAGAUUUGGGGCUACAACACAAGUUAAAAAGCUCCGAGGUGCCAAAGAUGAAAAAGCCUGCGCUGAAGGUAGCUUUGGUGCCAGAUAAUGUUGGGAAGCCUACGGUGAAACUAGAGAAAGUUGCUGUGCAGGACGGAACCUGUUCAUGGGAGAAUCCGAUUUUUGAAUCAGUAAAAUUUGUUAGGGACGCAAAAUCAGGAAAACUUCAAGAGAAAAUCUACCAUUUUGUUGUUUCAACCGGAUCUUCAAAAUCUGGCUUUCUUGGAGAAUCCUCAAUUGACUUUGCUGAUUUUGCUGCAGAAACUGAGCCACUGACGGUGUCCUUACCUCUGAAGUUUGCCAAUUCAGGCGCAAUCCUACAUGUGACAAUUCAGAACGUGGAAGGGGUACAAAGAGAUCAAAGUACUUUCAGAAAUGGGGAAGAUUAUGGAAAUGGAAGCUCAAGACACCUACUGAGCAUUUGCAGUGCAGAUGAAAAUUCUCGUAAUGUUUAUGAAGAUUUUCCCAAGCUAUUACCACCCUUGAGGCAGAAUUCAAUGCCGUGCAAAGGAACUAUCGAGGCCAUUGCAACAAGAGCUCAAAUGCAUAGGGGGUCACUGGGUUCAGCAUCAGAUAGGAGUUUAGGUGACUCCUGGAGAAACAGCCUGGAAGAUACUCAUCCUCGAGAAACAUUACAAGAGCCUUCAGAUAAUGUCAUUGAGAACCUUAGAAGUGAAAUUGCUUCUCUGAAGAGGAAAGCCGAAGAAUCAGAACUAGAGUUACAAUCGCUUCAGAAGCUGAUGGAGAAGGAAUGCAGUCGAGGACAAAGUAUGUCAAGACAAAUAAUCAGCCUCAGAGACGAGAGAAAUAUGAUCAAAACUAAAUAUGAGCAACUAAUGUCGCAGCAAAACCUCAUUAACGAGACCAAAAAUUCAAAAGCCUUACAGACUGAGAUUGAACAAGCUAGGCAGCAGUUAGAAGCAAUAAAAGAAGAGCUUGCUUAUGAAAAAGAGUUUAGUUCUAAUCUUAAAUUGCAACUCCAGAAGACACAAUACUCAAACUCCGAACUACUUUUAGCAGUUGGAGAACUUGAAGGAAUGCUGGAACAUAAGAAUAAGAAAUUGUUGGACAAAACUAAAGAGCAUGAUGAUGCCACAGAAUUAGGUCACUUGAAGCAGAAAAUUGCAGACCUGAAUGGUGAAAUAGACAUUUAUUAUAAGCAAUUUGAUGAGCUAAAUGAGCAGAUAAAAGAGCUCAACUUUGAGUGUGAGCAUCUGAAGAAAGAAAACCUGGAUAUCUCUUUGAGAUUAAACCAUAGAGAAGCAAAACAAAUUGCGUUACAAAAUAAAUAUUCAGCUUCUUUGGCAACUAUAAAACAACUUGAAUCUCAAGUACAGAGAUUAGAAGAAAAGAUAGGGAAGCAGGUGGAUGAUUUUUCAGGGUCUUUGAUUUACAUCAAUGAACUUGAAAAUCAAGUCAGUGAUUUGAAGAGAGAAAUGAAAGUACAAGAAGAGGAUUAUCAAAAAGAUUUCCAAGCCAUGAAAUGUGCAAAACUUGAACAGGAAGAACAGGCAAUCCAAGCAGAGGAGACCUUGAUAAAGACUAUACACAACAAUGAUCUCGCAUGUCAGCGUUUUGAGGAUGAAUAUAGAAGUCUUUCAGCUGAAAUGACAUUGUGAUGUGAUCCCAAUAAGACUUAUAACAUUGGGUCAAC